CCUUAAGCGACAUGAACUUGAAGACAAUCCACCGUUUUCCCCGAACUGUUACGACAAAGGUGAGGAGCUGUGGCCUUAAGGGUCAGAUUAAAGGGCCACAAAAGGAGGGAGUGAGAGCGCUGUCACUGUGAAUCAGUGGUGGAGUGAAGGUUCUCUUUUAGAGUGCUGGAUUGAAGUCUCCACCUCUGAAGAACGGGGAGCUCCUCACCGUGAGGCGCAGAACUGAGUAAUGGAACUCACUUGGAGCAAAAACCUGGUGGUCCUGCUCCACGGUUCUUGCCAGUGAGAAGAGGUGAGACCCCACUGGACUUGGGCCACAGGAGGACAGCUGUGGGCUUGGACCACUGCAGAAAGUCUGAAAGUCUUCAGUUGCAUGUUUAUAGCACAGUUGGCAGCAUGGAGCUGAAAAACACAUCUCUACUGUCCAACACCUUAAUGAAAGUGCCUCUAGACUGAUUUUUGAAUCAUGUCAACUUUUACUUGUUUGUUCUUGGAGAUAUAUGCCGCUUUUCGAGAAAAGUGUCUGUAAAUGGAAAAAUGUAAAUGUUUAACCUUUGGGGAAAGCGAUUACAAACAUUAAGAAACAUAAAUCAUGAUAUACAUUUACAUUUCUUCAUUUAGCAGAUGCUUUUCUCCAAAGCAAGGUACAUCUCAUAUUAAACUUCCAUCCAUCCGUUGAUCAAUUUUAAAAGCUUUGUGAGGCUUGUGGUGCCACCAAACUGAGCAGGACAGACCAUUUAUCCCAUUCCACUGCAACAGUCUCUUGGGAGUCCCCAAGAAUUCCCAGGCCAGACAAGAGAUAUACUCUCUCCGGCAUGUCCUGGAUCUGUUCUAGAUUGUUCUCUGAAUGGGACGUGUCCAGUACACCACCUGCAGGAAGUGCCCAAGAGGCCAUCUCAACUGGCUCCAUCUGAGCUGGAGAAGUAGCGACCCUACUGAGCUUCUCUCUAUCCUCACCAUAAACCUCAUAAACAAAUAUUUUUAUGAAGUAUUAAUGCUCAAAUACAUUUCAGUAUAAUACUACAGCAAAAGCUGAAAAAAAAAACUUGGUUUGAAAAGUUGUUAUUAAGAUGCUUUAGCUUACCAUACAUAUACUUGCUGUUAGACAAAGUGUAUAUGAUUAACAUGGUGACUCCUGUCCCAGGAAGGUUCUCUUUCUCACGGUCCCCCAGCACACUGGAGCGGCAGCCCAGAAAGCCCCCCAGGUCGACCAUGGAGGGAGGACCUGCGCUGACGCCCAGGAAGCCCUCUGGGUCGGCCAUGGAGCCACCCAGCCAUCAAGACCUGCAUCGUGAGCUUCUGCUGAGCCAUAAGAGGGGCCUCCUCCCAGGUGAGAAGCCAGAGCUGCAGCGUGUGUUAGAGCAGCGUCGUUUAGACCAGCACCGGGAACAGGAGCAGGCCCUACGGCCACCCUCCGACCUGGAACAGGAGCUGCGCAAGCGGCAGCAGAAGAUGGAGGAGUAUGAAAAGGAAGAGAGGAAACGCAGAGAAGAGCAGGAAAAUGUUCCAGAGUUUGUACGGGUCAAGGAAAAUCUACGGCACGUUCCAGUGUCCCAGUAGUAGCUAUCCAGUGAACAUUACCCCGCAGCAAGAAUCCAUGGAACCCACAGUACCCUGUGGCCACCCAGUGAACACAUCUUUGCAGCAGAAUCCCACAGUUCCGUCAUGGGUCUGUCUUCCUCAUCAGACAUCUUCUGACAAAGGAGCAAGAACUUCCUUAGGGAUAUUACUGCCGAUGUGAAUGAGCUCAGACCUUCCAGCUCAUUUCCUAAUUAUACAUGUUGACCCUGGAGCCUCAGAGCUGUCCCUACAGCAGUACCAGCACUGGUCCCUCCACGUCUCAGUGUGUGUACAGGUGUGUGAAAACUUUGUGUGAGAGCACUUCAUGCAUUACUUGCACAGUUCAACCACUUUAGCCCUUCACUGGUUUCAAAGAAGAUGGAUGCUUUGCACUGAGCCGCUUGUUUGGACCAGGGCUUAUAUCCAGCACCCUACUGGGGAAGAUACUUAGCCAGCCAUGGCUAAAAUGCCGGGGUAUCAGAGAAAUAAGACUUACGUGUUUAUGUGGCACAGAUUAUUCUGAUUUAUAGUAAUUGAGUAACUACUUGGAUUGUGAAAAUACUGAGUUAGUUUAUCUUGCAUGCUGAAACCUUUUGUACACAAAUGUCCUAUGACAAACAACAAAGAGGCCACUGGUUUACUACACAGGACAUGCUCAGUAGAAAUGAUGACACAAAAUGAAGAUAAUAAAAUCCUAAUGUAAAAAUUAAAUGCAUGUUGUAAAUAACUGAAUGAGAUGAACAAAUAUUCAUCAAAAUAUUAUAAAGGCAAGCUGUUCCUCAGGCUUGGUUGUGUAAAAUGAUGUGAAAACAUGUUAUGUUUCUUAAAACUGCAUGUUUUUAAAAACCACACUAUUUGAUUUGUAUGAGGGCUACACCUUUUUAGCAUUCCAAAUUUUCAAUGAUCCCAGAUAAUUUUGAGCCUAUUCUUUUUGUUGAAUCUCCAUGUGAACUUAAAUUUGUGUCCUAACUAUAAAAAGGUUGCGCAUGCGGUUCUGCAUUAACAGUCUGUUUACAUAGAUGAGCUUAGUUCUGGGCGGCAGCUUUUCAGAACAAGGACUCUUGAAGUCUCCCAUACAAUGCCCAGAUUCCUCUGCUGAACGCACAGCUGGUUGUUGGGUUCACAGUGUACCCACCUCGCUUUGUACGAAGAGCUCUAAUUCAAUACUACUGCCAGUGCUUGAUGAGCAGGGAUCCAAUGUUCAGUCUGCAGAAUUUCUGAAAAAAUUUUCACAA